CUCCACCUCUAAAGCAGUCUGAGAGAGAGAGGAAGAGAGAGAGAGCAAGACUGAUAACACGCCGAGACAUGAGGCUGCACAGAAUGUAGAAAGAGCCACAGAAAUAUGUGGAACAUAGAAAGGAACGAAAGACGACCGCAGUGAGCACCAGGGAACUGAAUUACCCGUGAAGGAACUAAAAAAGAAAGAAAGAGAAGGAAACGUAUAAACUUUGCUUUCACUUGUAGGGUAAGAAAUGUUGUUCUUUUCCUCCUCAGAUUGCCAAGAUGAACCUCAAUGGGAUUCUGUCCUUCUCUUCUCUCCUACAUGUCAGUUCGUCCUUCAUCCCAAACACCCUUUCCAGCCCAUCUCUGAACAUGUCAACACAGCAUACCACGAACAUCAUGACCAACCGCAACGGAGCAAUUGCUGGCGUGGCAAUCCUCGGCCUCGUGUUCCUCCUCGGUGUUCCCGGGAACUUCUUCAUCGUUUGGAGCAUCUUGGCCCGAGCACGGCGUCGCUCCAUCACCACUCUGUUGAUUCUAAACCUUGCCUUCGCUGACGGCUUCCUCAUGCUGCUGACUCCGUUCUUCAUGGUGUAUUUGGCUCAGCGCAGUUGGAUUUUCGGCCUGAUGCUGUGCAAAGUCCUGUUCUAUCUCUGCUGCGCCAACAUGUACGCUUCCGUAUUUCUGAUCAUGCUGAUGAGUCUACACAGGCUGGUGGCGAUAGUGUGGCCGAAGCGUGUCGGCGCACUGACGGAGCGCAGAAUGCUCAGGCGGUUGCUUGCGGGACUCUGGUUGCUUGCUCUGGGACUCUCCACACCUGUUUUGGUUUUCAGGACCAUCAUAAGCAGCAAUGAUAAUCAGAGUCUUGUGUGCGACUGCCAACACCCAAAACCACAAUAUGAGGUGAUGCAGUAUGGCAUGGAAACGUUGCUGGCCUUUUUGUUGCCAUACGGCGUGAUCAUAGGCAGUUACAUGUGCAUCCUACGCAGGAUCCGCAAGACGCGCUUUCGCAGACGCAUCCGCAGCGAGAAACUCAUCCUGGUGAUCAUCAUCACCUUCGGACUGUUCUGGCUGCCGUACCACAUCAUAAAUACGGUGCAGGUGGCUGCUGCUUUACAUCCAAAUUCUGAAACGCAAACAUGGCUAAAAAAAAUCAGGGCGAAUCUACGAGCGCUCACCUCCACCGUAGCUUUCGUCAGCAGCUGCAUAAACCCAGUCCUCUACACCUUCGCCGGGAAGUCGUACAUCCGGCGGGAGGGUCUGGCCUUCAUGGCGCGGCUUUUCGAGGGAACGGCGCUGGAAACGACGCGGAGGAUCAGGCGCAGCAACCAGAACAGCCGCGAUCGAGAGAAGGAGACGGAUGAGGGAGAUAGUCUCAAAGACAAAGACUCCGAUUCCACCACUACCGCUAACUUGAAUUCGGCUAUUAAAGUUGUGGCGCAGAAAAACGGCAAGUGAGUGUGUGGCUGCGGCUUUGUGACGAGAAACUUAACCUACAGUGAGAGCGUUGUUCCGGUGUCGCAGGGUAGGUAAAUCAGGACAGAUUUUGCUUUUGUAAAAGAUGGCGGUCAAUCCAAGUUUAUAUUAUAAAAUAAAAAAAACUAUGUGCCAGUGGCGUAUCCAAAAACAAAGAGCCCAGUGCCUAACCCACAUUGAGUAAUGGGCUAAACAAGAAACAGGUUCUAACUCUUAAAAACAUGGCAAAGAAAGUCCACAAAACCGGCCUGGAAAACUUGAAGAACUGUAUUAAUUCCAUCUCAUUCAAGAACCGCUUCAUGUGUUUGUCCAGUAGAGGGCGUCAGACAGCUGAGAGACAGAUGAACCUUUCAGAACGUCAGAAAAACCACCUGCAUGGAUGGGUCCAAUAAUACAAGUAAUGAGAUUGUGUAGGGAACCCAAUGUCCAAUUCCUGUUUUCUUUCCAAAUAAAUUUCCAUGACUUUUAUAUAUCAUUUCAUUGUAAGUUCAUGAUAAAUGUUUAAAUUCAAACACGGUUUACUAUGUAAAUACUUUACAACUGCAUUAUUAGAAAAUGUAUAGAUUUCCAUGACAUUCUCAUUUCCUGAUAGCUCCUGAUUGUCCAGUGAAGCCGAAGAAAGUAAAAGACGGUGAAUCAGGGUUUAUUUGAGACUUUUUUUUUUUCUUUUUUUUUUCUACAACAUCAGUCAUUUCAGUGUGAUGAUUUAUACCAGUGCAUGUCUGCAUGUGUGCUCGCGUUGUGGAAUUUUAGUGAGCUUGAGAGAUAAAAUUAUACACUGAAGCACUUCAAUCCGCAUCCGCUGUAAAUGUGUAAAUAUCAGUCAUGUGGCUGUAAUAUAUUUCAUGUAGCCUUCAGUGUGCGUGUGAACUGAUCAAUGGUGUAAUUAUGUUCAGAUUGCAACAUAAAGAGUAAUGGUGAUUAACAAUAUUAAGAAAUGUAAUGUGAAAAUGAGGAAAUUAAACAAUGACUCCCAAUAAAUGAAUUCUUUCAUGUCGCAGUU